AUGGAAAUGAUCUUCAAGGUGGUUGCGAUCUGCGUGCUGGUGGCGUGCUGCAGAGCAGGGGCGGCACCGGGGCAGCUGACGCAGGCGUACGCUGCGCCCUUCAGCGGGGGCGGCGGCGGGGGCGGCGGCGGCGGCUACUCAGACUACGACGAUGGCGGACACAGCGGCGCCUACGAACCGCCCAAGCCUUACGAGUUCGGGUACGCGGUGCGCGACUACAGCACGGGCAACGACUACACGCGCCGCGAGGCCAGCGACGGCAACACCGUACAUGGCGAGUACCGAGUCGCGCUUCCCGACGGCCGCAUACAGGUGGUGAGCUACACGGCGGACUGGCAGAACGGCUACCAGGCGCGAGUCCGCUACGAGGGCGCCGCGUCGCACCCUGACGUGGGCGGCGGCGUGGGCGGCGGCGCGGGCGGCGACUACUACUCGGGCAGCGGCUUCCAGCACCAGCAGCAGCCGCAGCCUCCGGUGUACGGGCCGCCCUCGCAGGGCCACUUCUGA